CUUGUAGACCAAUUGUAAAGAUUAAGAGUGAAAUAUAAAAAUACUCAAAAUUUUCCCAAAAUUCUUCAUGGUAUCAGAGCUUUUUUCUGAUUUUUUGGGUCCAAAUUCAAUUUUUCAUUUUUAGGGUUUCGAAACCCUAGAUCUACCAAUUUUGGUACUAACCCAUCUAGGAGCCUCUUUUUCUCUCACCGCCGGCACCAGGAGAACCGCCGGACUGCCGCCGGCCGAUCGACCAGCUCCGACAUCGGAAAAGCCUGCGCGUGAGGCUCACGCGCCACCCUUUCCCGGCGCGUGACCCGUCGCUUCCUGGCGUGUGAUCCAUCGUCUGUCACUGUUUCGCCGCUCAGAUCACUCCGGCGACGAUUCCGACCAUCUUUCUGGCUCUCCCGUGCUGUUACCCGGUCUUUUGGUGAAUCAAUUGGGCUUUCUUGUGUGUACAACCUUGGGUACCUCCUAUUCUUUCACUGUUCAUAAAUCUUUACUAUGGCAGAAGGGUUGAAUAACGAAUAUGAUCCAAUUCGGGUCCAAGUGUUGGGAAGAAAUCCUUUUCCUUCUCUAGAAGAGGCCCAUGCCCAUGUUCAACAAGAGGAAAGUCGUCGACAUGCUAUGCUCCAUACUGCACCAGUUGAAAAGGCUGGGUUGACUACCAGUUUGAGCACACCACAGCCUCCUACUUUUGAGAAAGAUCACUUACACUGUGACUAUUGUGGAAAACCAAGGCAUACCAAAGAGACUUGUUGGAAGUUACAUGGUCGUCCCACUAGAGGUCGUGGAGGAAAACGAGGUACCUCUAGAAAUUAAGCUAAGUUAGCAGAAACUGUGGAGGAGCCCUUUAAGGAGACAACAACGACUGAGUUCCUUUCCCCUAAUGAACUUCAGAGUCUCAAGCGCCUCUUGUCUCAUAUUGACACCUCUUCAUCUUCUGGUGCUACAUCUAACUUUGUAAAGUCAGGUAAUGCUUCCUCUUUUAAUAAUGUUCCAUGGAUUAUCGAUUCUGGUGCGAAUAGACAUAUGACAGGCUCUUAUAAAGGCUUUCUCAAUUAUUCUCCUUCUCUAA